AUGGCUGGCCACCCUGACCCCCCCCCCUGGAGGGGGAUCAAACGCUUGCUGCUGCUGCUCCUGCAGCAGCAGCAGCAGCAGCAGCAGCAGCAGCAGCAGAACCCACAGCAGCAACAGAAACAGCAGCAGCAGCAGCAGAGCCUGCAACAACAGCAGCAACAACAGAACCUAAGGCACCAGCAGCAGCAGCAGCAGCAGCAGCAGCAGACUCUCCAGCAGCAGCAGCAGCAACAGCAGCACCACACUCUCCACCAGCAGCAGCAGCAGCAGCAGCAGCAGCAGCAGCAGCAGCAGCAGCAGAAGAUGCUGAUGCUGCUGACUGCUCUGCAUCUCGCCGCUUUUGAUGGAAAAAAAGAGAUGGUGUUGCUGCUGCUGCAGCACGGAGCAGCAAUUAAAAAAGCAGCAAGAGACAAUAUGACGGCUUUACAUUUUGCUGCUCAGCGGGGCCACAAAGAAAUCCUUGAACUCCUGCUGAGGAAAGGGUCUAGCAUAGAAUCUAAACUCUCUCGGGGGGGCCGCACCGCGCUGCAUUUAGCCUGCAAAGCAAAACACUAUGCUGCUGCUGUAACCCUCAUAGAACACGGAGCGAAUUUGGAUGCAAAGACAACGCAGGGAGAGACCGUAUUAGAUUGGGUGCCUGCUGAGGCAGCAGCAGCAGCAGCAGCAGCAGCAGCAGGAAAACACAGAAAGCCAGCAGCAGCAGCAGCAGCAGCAGCAGCAGCACCAGCAGCAGGUAAAGCAGCAGAUGCAGAUGCUGCUGCUGCUGCUGAGGAUGAUGAGGCAGCAGGAGGAGCAGCAGCAGCAAAAGUAGCAGCAGCAGCAGCAGCACCAGCAGCAGCAGCAGCACCAGCAGCACCAGCAGCAACGACAAGCAAACAGAGGCGACUAGAAAGACGAAAAAGACAGCGGGAGGCAGCAGCAGCAGCAGCAGCAGAUCCUGCUGCUGCUCCUCCUGCUGCUGCUGCUGCUGCUCCUGCUGCUGCUGCUGCUGAAGAUACAGCAGCAGCAGCAGCAGCAGCAGCAGCAAAGAAACCGAAAGUGCUGCUGACGGUGCAGCAGGAAGAGGAAGAAGAGAGGGAUACAUAA